AUGUCUCGUAUCAACCUUCCACCCGUCAACCCAGCACUAGGCGUAAACCCCGCCUACUGCGUCAACAAGCAAACAACCCUCGUGAUGAAGGAAAAAGUUUGGUCCCUCUCGGGCGACACCUUCCACAUAGUCGACGAAAACAACCACGAAGUCGUCCAAUGCCGCGGCCAAACCUUCUCCCUCUCGGACCGGAAAGAAUUCGCCGACUCCUCCGGCCGCCCGCUCUUCAGUCUCCGCACGCGCCUCCUCUCCCUCCACAAAUCCUUCUACGCCGAGUCCCCCUCGGGCGGCGACAUCCUCUUCGAGGUAAAAGGCAAGUUCAGCAUCGGGAGCAGCAAGAUGGUCGCCACGUUUGUGAAUGCCAGCACCAAGCAGAACGUCGAGCUGCUGAUUAAAGGCGAUUGGUUCGAUCGCUCGGCGACGAUCACUAUGGGGAAUAUUGUGGUCGCGCAGAUUGGGAGGAGUUAUUUUAAUAUGAGGGAGAUUUUUGGGGGCCAGCAGACGUAUUAUGUUACGGUUGCGCCUGGGGUAGAUUUGGCGUUGCUGGCGGCGGUUUGUGUUUGUUUGGAUGAGAGGGAGAAUGAGAAGAAGUAG